AUGGAGGAGGAGGGCAAGAAGGGCAAGAAGCAGCCUGGAAUAGUGUCCCCUUUCAAACGCGUCUUCCUGAAAGGUGAAAAGGGUCGGGAUAAAAAGGCCCAGGAAAAGGUUACGGAAAGACGACCUCUUCAUACAGUACUGCUGUCCUUGCCUGAUCGAGUUGAACCAGACAUAUUGUUGAAUGACUACAUUGAAAAGGAAGUCAAGUAUUUAGGCCAACUAACAUCCAUCCCAGGGUACCUGAAUCCCUCCAGUCGUACUGAAAUAUUGCAUUUAAUAGACAAUGCAAAGAGGGCACAUCAGCUCCCAGGGCAGCUGACCCAGGAACAUGAUGCUGUGAUUAGUCUGUCUGCCUACAACGUCAAGCUGGUGUGGCGGGAUGGAGAGGAUAUCAUACUCAGGGUCCCCAUCCAUGACAUCGCAUCUGUGUCAUACAUCCGCGAUGACUCCUCACACCUGGUAGUGCUGAAAACAGCUCAGGACCCUGGGAUUUCCCCAAGCCAGAGUCUUUGUGCAGAGAGCUCCAAAGCACUUACUUCAGGCUCGCUGUCCGAGAGUGGCGUGGUACCUGUCGAAGCUUGUUGUUUGGUGGUCCUGGCUACAGAGAACAAAGUAACUGCAGAGGAACUCUGCUCACUUCUCAGCCAAGUCUUCCAGAUCGUUUACACUGAGUCCACAAUAGACUUCUUAGAUAGAGCAAUAUUUGAUGGGGCCUCCACACCAACGCGCCAUAUGUCCCUACACAGUGAUGACUCUUCAACAAAAGUGGACAUUAAAGAAGCUUACGAAACCGAAGCAAGCACUUUCUCCUUUCCGGAAUCUUUGGAUACAGGCGGCAACUCGCCCUCUUCCUUCUCAACGCCUCAGUCGCCCCACGUUAAGACAGUCAGUGAAAGCGAGCUGAGCACCACGGCAACGGAGCUGCUCCAGGACUACAUGAUGACGCUAAGAACCAAACUCUCUUCCCAAGAGAUCCAGCAGUUUGCAAUGCUCCUGCACGAAUAUCGCAAUGGGGCUUCAAUACAUGAAUUCUGCAUCAACCUGAGACAGCUCUAUGGGGACAGUAGGAAAUUCCUGUUACUAGGCCUUAGACCGUUCAUUCCUGAAAAGGACAGCCAACACUUUGAGAACUUCCUAGAAACCAUCGGGGUGAAGGAUGGCCGGGGAAUUAUCACAGACAGUUUCGGGAGGUACAGACGGACUCUGAGCACUACCUCCAAUUCAACGACCAAUGGGAAUGGAGCUGCGGGGAGCUCGGAUGACCAGUCUGCCCCUUCCGAGGGAGACGAGUGGGACCGAAUGAUCUCUGACAUAAGCAACGACAUUGAAGCUCUUGGAUGCAGCAUGGACCAGGAUUCAUCAUGAGACACAGCUGCGGGAGGGAGGAUGAGAAGACAGCUCCUUUCAAAGGGGCUUUAUUGUUCUUUCACCCCCAUGUAGCGAUUGCAGCAACGUUUGCUGCUGUCUUCCUGACCUUCCAGUCUGAAAGAGGCUCCAAGGAUGAGUUGGGAUGUGAUUAUUUUCCCCCCUUGUCAAUGGCUUCACUGGUGCCCAUUUUGUGAUGGUGGCUGGUGCCCUCUUACUGUGAAGGCAUGUGUGUGUCUUCGUGCAGGUGAGCGUGCUGUGUGAGAGUAACCCGGGUUGAGUGAUGGAACCGGAGUCCCUUCCUCUGACUUCUUACAACUCUCUUUGGUUUUGUGUUUUCUUUGCUGUCGUCGCUCUGGAGUGAUGCAACGAAGCUGGGGCAAGAAACUUGCAUUGAGCAGUAACAGCUCGCUGGGACCCGAUGGCGGGUUUACAGUUUUGCACAUGAUAUUCCUAUUGUAACUCAGACUUUUUUUUUUUUUAAAUGAAGUUUACCACAAUGUGAAUAAUUUAAACCUAUUGUUGGUGUUGUCGAAACAUUUCUAAUCCGAACCUGAAGGCUGUCUGCUGCAAUACUGACAUGAUUGUUUUGUAGCGAAGGCCAACGUGGGCUGCUCUUCAUUGGUCACAGAGGGAACUCUGCAAAUGUGACCUCUGGGCUGUCCCCUUGCAGGAGGGGAGUUGCUUGGCGUGGGUAACCUUGGCCUUUCGCCUCUAGCACUCUGGUUCAAAUUCAGCCCAUAGUGCAGAGUGGGGCAUGAGUGUUGGCGCAUUUAGCGCUGUCCUAGUGGACAGUCUAGGUCGAAAACCAGUCCUGCCAUUCAGCAUGGCUGGCAGUCUUUGCUCAGGAAAAGCCUAGGACCUGAGGGAAAUAGGAGAUGGAACCGCAUUUUUACCUCUAGCAAAGUCAUUGGUUGGGCUAGCGUGCGUGCGUGAGUGUGUGUGUGUGUGUGGUGAGCGCUCCUGUUGUGGCUCUGUGCGCUCUCUGGCCUGGGGCUACAUGGAUUCACGUUUCCAGUGCUGCUAGCCCCUUAACCUUCACAAGCACAACUGUUCAUUCAGUAAAACCCGAUCUCAAUCCCAGUCCAGCACAAGUAGACGGGACCGGUUUCCUGCUGCUCCCCAGAGGGCGCCAUGGUGCAUAUAUACCUCCCCAGCACCCAUAGCAUCUGUCCCUGCAAGGUGCUUGGGCACCUCCUGCAGGCCUGACGCUGUUAAGGAGUUCAGGGCUCUGAGCAUCUAGCAGGAUUGACUCCAACAGAUGGCGGUGAAUUCAGACAGGAAGUGACAGUAAAUUUGUUCUAUUGCUUAGAAUUUCCCCUUUAAGGUUACAAUAACCAGGAAAUUCUCAGUCAGGCUGAGUUCAACAUCAGUAGCUAUUUGCAUGGGGAGUGGAUUUUGGUCACCCUUGAAGGGUGAGAUGGUAACAAGUUAAACUGAUAAAGUAAACUUUCUAUGAAAUUAGCCAUGGAAUGGAUGUAUAGAUAUCUAAUGUAUAGGUUGUAUAUAUUAUACAGGCAAUUAUAAAUACACUUAUUUUUUGUAUCUGUAUUCCAUGUAUAUCUAUACUGGCCGCUAUAACUGACCUUCAAAGGAACAUUUGGUUGAUACUUCAGCCCUUUCAGUAGCAAAACCCUAUUUGUUCAUGGACUCCAGGGGUUUCUUUCUUCACUCUUUUUUUGAUAUAACUGAAAGUAAAUUAAAAUCCCGUACUGGUAGCUGGGCAUGUUAGUUUGUCAAGAAUAGGACAUCAAACAGAGCUGGCAUUCUGUUCCCACGCGUACUUCCACUGAAACAAGAGAGAUCCAAAGUCUGUUUUUCUGUGCUCAAUACAGGACCCUGUGGCACAGUCAUACACUGACCUGGCUGAGGGAUCUCCUCCUCUUCAAGACAUCAGUUAACUUCACCUGGUUGCAGCAUGCGGUUCUCCUUACCUACAGUGCUGUAGGCCCGAAACUUCACUGGAAUUCUUUACAUCUUCAGUAACAUCUACUGCCUGAUACAAAGGAAAAUGCCCAUAGUUCAUUUUUAUUUUUAGAUAAUAUUCUUAGUCAUUCCUUGUACCUCAAUGUUGGUGAAAUUAAAAGAGAGGAUCCUAGGAUGACUAUUUUAAAACCAAAAACCCAAAGGAAAAGCCAUCCACGGUUCAUAUUGAAAUAUGGAUGGUUCAAAAUUUCAUUUUUUUCCGAGCGAGAAUGGUACUGUCCGGUGAAACCAGACUUAAGUGACUAACAGGGAAUCGACAAAAAGCAGUGGCUGAAUGAAGGGGACUUUUGAUAAGAACAGAACUGUGCAUGGAGAAUUUGAGGAUACUUUGGUGUGGUCUCCUAAGAGAGGAAGCUGCUCAAGGAUGGGAUCUGGUAGGGACUCCUUACAUACCCAAUGUUUGCUUGCUCUUUUAAAAAACCCCUUCGGCAGAGCAAAAACCACAAAUGCAUUGGUGAGAGUUUUUUGCUGCUGAAGUUCCCCGACUGUCUAGCCUCACCAUGGAAAAAGACAGUCAAGCACCACAGAGGUUAUUUUUGCUUUCUAAUCAUGUGAUAAACACACACAGUUCUUCCUGCAAAACAAGCCUGUGGCUCUAAAAGAUCAUGGCCCUAGACACUAGAUGGAAACCGUUCUCAAUCAGCUUGUCCAUCCAAUGUUCCCCAAGUAUGUUUUGAUGAUUUUUGUCUAGUCCAGUAUUCAGUGAUAUCCCAACUGAUAUCCAUUAUUGUUCCAGCACUCCCAAGACACUUCUCCCCACCAUUAGCAAGUGUUCCCUGAUUCAGCUAAUUUCCCCCUGCCCCUUCCCCCAUUUGUUUCCUGUUA